CUGACGGACCCCAGCGGCGCGGCGGCCCAGCAUGCAUUGCUGCAGCAGCAGCUCAGUGUUCUGGCGUAUUCUCCGUACGGAGACUCUCCUCUGUUCAGAAACCCGCUGUCAGACCCCAAGAAGAAGGAGGAGCGUCUGAAACCGACCAAUCCCACGGCCCAGAAGGCUCUGACCACGCCCACUCACUACAAGCUCACCCCCCGUCCGGCGACACGCGUCCGGCCCAAAGCUUUGGGUUCUUCGGGGGCUUCAAAGUCUCAGCUGUUCGACGGGCUGGACGACGACGAGCCGUCGCUCACAAACGGGGCGUUCGUUCCCAGGAAGAGCAUCAAGAAGCUGGUCCUGAAGAACCUGAACAGCAGCCAGUACAGCAGCCCUCUGAGCAAGGAGAUCGACGACCUGGCCUCGCCCCCCGAGUACCCUCACAACGGGCACAGUCAUGUGGAGGACGAGGAGGAGAUGGCGGGUCUCAGCAGUCGAACAGAAGAGGAUCCAGAAGUGUCUCAGUUCUACGUGAACCCGAUCUCUAAGCCGGUCGCUUUCAGCCCCCCCGCGGUGCUGCAGGACACCAUCAGCGAGCUCAACAUGCACAAAGCCGCGCGCAACGGCCUGGAGGUGAGACGCGUUAUGUCUGAUUUAUUGAUCAUUUUGAAAACUAAGAUUUAGUUGGAUUCAUAAUUU